CUCGCUUACGGAGUGGUUGUUUAAAAAGUUGUUUCUACAUACACUGUCGUCUGUCCAUUGUGUAUGUAGAUAAUAUUGUGUAUUCGACUCUUUAGUGAAUAUUGUUUUUGUUCUGCUUCCCAGUAUUCGUUGAUAGCUCUGCAGUUUCACGCGUAAUGUGCAACAGGUUCCAAGUGCCAUCUAUUUAUAGCAAAUCGGAAGAGAACGAGUAAAUAGUUUUAGCAAGAUUUGGUGAUCUCAAGUGAGAAAAUAACGAAAUGUCAGUCACCCCCGCACUAUGUAUGCUGCUUAGCCUGGUUUCAAUCGGUUCAACGUUCUGCAAGGAAUGCUACUGGAACCGGAAGUGCCAGUACGACUACUUCUCUACCGUGACGCCGUACGACAGUGUUCGCGGAGACCUGAGAGACCAGCCGAAAGAUGACGGUUGUGAAGUAAUAAGUGUCUGGUCGAUCCACCGCCACGGAAACCGGAACCCCGGUCCUGACGUCACGCGCAACAUCCGAGAGUUGCAGUACAAAAUUAAACAGCUAUUAGACAGUGAACACUCACCUGCCUCUCGAAGAAGCAACAAUUGUUCACAGGACAUGUACGAUCUGAUGAAUUGGAGCUGGAACAGCACAAUGGACAACUCGGCGGAAUACCUCACAGGGAUCGGUUACGAGGAGCUUUUCGAUCUGGGCAGGAGGCUGUAUUAUGGACACGAUGAAUUUCUGAAAUCCGUCGAUAAGGUGUACUUCAAAGCAACAAACGAACAGAGAACUAUCACCAGUCUCGCGGCUUUUGUUCGAGGCAUGAGUGUAGCCCAGGGUAACUUUUCUUCUGGCAUUGACCCACCAUCGGAGAUAGACUAUCUUCUACGACCCUAUAAAAACUGUGAACGAUAUACGGAAGAGGUGAAAAAUGGUCCAAAGCUGGCCGAUGAGUUGGCAGCUUACGAUUCAAGCGCGGAGUUUUUAGCUAUCAGAGACCGAGUGCAGUCGAAGAUGUUCGUAGAUUACCAAAUGACGUCCACUGAUGUUAAUACACUUUACGAACUGUGCCGGUUCGAGAGGAGCUGGAGCGAGAAGCUCCGAUCUCCCUGGUGCUCGUUCUUCACUGACCAGGACUUGAUCGUGCUGGAGUACAGGGAUGACGUACGGCAUUUCUAUAGAAACGGGUAUGCAUCGGAGAUCAACGUAAAGCUCGGUGGUCUACCUCUCAAAGAUUUAUACGAAAACUUCGUUAAUGCAACGGAGGGCGACAAGAAAACCCUGGUCUCCUACUUCACACAUGACACCAUGAUGGAGAUGGUGUACUGUGCCCUUGGCUUGUACAAGGACCCUGAACCGCCCCGGGGAUUCACGAGAGACGCUAACAGGUUGUGGAGAACAACCCAGUUUUCUGCGUUCGCUUCCAACUUAAUGGCUAUUUUAACCAGGUGUGUCGAGUCGGGAGAACAAACCCAUCGGGUCCAGGUUCUUAUAAACGAGAAACCAACUCCGCUUUGUCCGGAAGAAGGAUGCACUUGGCAGGAGUUCGUGGACAAGUUCGAUAGCUACAACGAAGCUAACCUAGACGUCUGUCAGAAGUCGGAGUCAGGAAGCUCGUCAAACUUGUCGGGACGUUCGGACACAAAAAUGAAUAUGGCGAAGGGAUUAGUGAUAUUGAUCAUAGUUCUGAACAUGUUUUUAUAAUCUUUAUCUCCUCCCUGUUGUAAAUUUAAAUAGUUCUGAAACAGUUAGCUUAUUGCCAGCAUUAAACACCCAAUGCCCUCAUAACCGUUACGUCAUCCCUAACGGGUGACAUAAUGUUGUACUGAAUUUCAUAAAAACACUCCUUUGUUUUUUUAUCGACACGUUCUGCGUAACAGGUUUACUCAACAGACACAUUCUUACCGCUCGAUGCGUUAUAUCUGUAUGAAUUUAAAAAAAAGAACAUCUGUGUGAAUUUCAAAAAAAGAACAUUGUCAUUAACUCUUUAGCAUUAGCGCGUUUAAAUACCAGAACACCAGUUACUAUCAGUUUAUUUAGGUUACUAGGACUGUCUGUUAUUAAGCUAACUGCUUCAGAAUCCUAUAAAGAGGAUUCAUAUUAUAGGUUUACCGUUUACAUAAAGUCUUGCAACUGUUGAUAAUUAGGUAUUAAAACAUUCAUGUGGUACUAUUAUAUAAUCCACACUCGUGUUUUCUUACCCCUUAUUAUAUAACAGAUGCAUAAAUAACUAUAAGCGGCAGUAUCCCGAGCUUUUUACGUUAAUCUAAUCAGCCUAUGUUUUAUCUUUUUGGACAACCUCCCUGGGGCAGAGGCGGUCAUCGGGACCGUUUUCGGGCAAUUUAGGAAUUUAUAAUUUCUGAAUUUUCUGUGUUCCG